AUGCCGCGCUCCUUCCUGGUGAAGAAGAUCAAAGCGGACGGCUUCCAGUGCAGCGGGGUGCCGGCCCCCACCUACCACCCCUUGGAGACCGCCUACGUGCUGCCCGGCGCCCGGGGGCCGCCCGGGGACAACGGCUAUGUUCCGCACUGCCUGCCGCCCAGCAGCUACGAUGCCGCCGACCAGAAGCCAGGCCUGGAGCUGGCGCCCUCCGAGCCCGCCUACCCGCCGGUGGCGCCCGAGGAAUACAGCGACCCCGAGAGCCCGCAGUCGAGCCUGUCGGCGCGCUACUUUCGCGGGGAGGCGGCCGUGACCGACAGCUACUCCAUGGACGCCUUCUUCAUCUCCGACGGGCGCUCGCGCCGGCGCCGAGGCGGGGGCGGCUGCAUCGCCGCUGUGCACAACGUACCCCUGAGCGUGCUCAUCCGGCCGCUGCCCUCCGUGCUGGACCCGGCCAAGGUGCAGAGCCUCGUGGACACGAUCCGGGAGGAUCCCGACAGCGUGCCUCCCAUCGACGUCCUCUGGAUCAAAGGGGCCCGAGGCGGCGACUACUUCUACUCCUUCGGAGGCUGCCACCGCUACGCCGCCUACCAGCAGCUGCAGCGCGAGACCAUCCCCGCCAAGCUGGUGCGCUCCACGCUCUCGGACCUGAGGGUGUACCUGGGCGCCUCCACCCCUGACCUGCAGUAGCAGCACCUGCCCCCGCCCUGCCCAGGCCCCGGACGCCGCUGGCCCGCGGCAGGCCCGGCCGG